GUGGGCGGGCCCAGGUGAUGGCGGAAGCGGAGGCCAAGAUGAAGCAGUUCAAUGGCGGCGGCGGGGCUGGGCUGGACGCGGAGCGCGGCCGCUUCCCGUACUGCGUGGUGUGGACGCCCAUCCCCGUGCUGACGGAGCAGUGGCAUCUUCCUCUUGGUUUUGUUCUGCGGCGGAAAUCUCAGCGUUGCUGUUUGGCAAAAUCUCACUUUAGAUUGCAUAAUUGCUCCAAUUUUCUCCCUCUGACAUUUCCUGUCAUCCUCGGAUUUGGAAGCUCGAAAGCUAGGCAGUGUCGAGGGGAGAAUGAGAAACAAAAGGAAGGAACGUCUGCACCUUUGAAGGUGGCAGUGCUGUGACAACACUGUGCUCCUUGUGGCUGACAGAACGCUGCUCUGCGCAGACAGGGAGCUGCCUGGCUGCUUUGCACUGCGCCGGGUAGGGAAAGGCGGAGGAGAGGGAUCUCUCUAAUUGAGCUGUGGCUUGAGAAUCUGUUCCUGUUUAGCCUUGGUGUAAUGGCAUCUGAGAUGUUAGUCACUGAGCACAGCCUGGCGCGGGGAAAGGAGGGAGGAAUGGGAGAGGUGAGCAGAGCUGGGAAGGCUGCAGGUUGUGGGAGAGCACUGUAACGACACCGUGACCGUGGCUGGGUUGGGAGACGGACCUGCUGCUCUCUUGAAAAGCUGCAGCGUGGAUGGGCAGCUGGGCAGGAUGGCCUUUUUAUCCCUCAUCCGUCGAAGCAGAAAGUCCAGUUUUAACCCAGGGCUGUUUCUCCUGGAUCCGAACCUUUUGCAUGGGAACACAAAUGGGUGGCUGUUCCCCAUCAUCGGCCAUAUGGGUAUCUGCACGUCGACGGGCGUCAUUCGGGACUUUGCGGGGCCGUAUUUCGUCUCAGAAGACAACAUGGCAUUUGGGAAGCCGGUGAAGUACUGGAAGCUGGAUCCUGGCAAAGUGUACUCCAGCAGCCCCAACGCGUGGGACACGGCCGUGCACGAUGCCUCGGAGGAGUACAAGCACCGCAUGCACAACCUUUGCUGUGAUAACUGCCAUUCUCACGUGGCUCUGGCCUUAAACUUGAUGAGAUACGACAACAGCACCUCCUGGAACAUGGUCAAACUCUGCUUCUUCUCCCUCCUCUAUGGGAAGUACGUAAGCAUAGGGGGGUUUGUGAAGACCUGGCUCCCCUUUGUCCUCCUCCUGGGGGUGAUCCUGACGGUCGUUCUGACGCUUCACCUGCGGUGAUACCAGCCGGGAGCUCCACGCGGAGGAAGGAACUGUGACUGCUUGACUCGGCGCGAUGGAGGCAUGGCACUGGGAGGCGUUUUCUGGGAAGGCUGCAACUCCACUCCAUUGUAACAGCUCACCCUUGUUUCCUGGAACUGCCUUCUUUCCCUUCUGUUUCUCUUCUGUCGCUGGUGUGUCCCAGCGCCGGGCUCCCGGAGCCUCCUGAUUUCUCCCUGAAUGCGCUCCCUCUGCAAUCUGGCAGGUAGAAAUGCAGUCGGGAGGCAGAGCCGCAAGGCCAACCCUGCCUGCUGGUUCGGGAGCCCCGGCAGAUUCACCUCGUGGGGUUCUCUCCCAUCUCCUCUUCCUUCCUCCUGGCAGACGCUUCCUUAGGUUUCCAGCCUCCGAGGAGGGGCUGUGUCCCCGCUGCACGACUCUCCCGUCGCGCACGUCUCCAAGUGGAGGCUUGGGGCUCCUCCUCGGGGUGUGCAGAGCCGCAGCACGUGCUGACCGUCUCCCCAGCAGUGACAGAAAGGUGUUGGUGGCUCAGCCCUGCCCUGAGGAGACACACAGAGGAACGCUCUGUGGCAGGGCAGAUCCGUCUGGUCCUGCUGGCGAGCCCGGAAAAGCAGGAAAGUAGAUGGACCGGCUUGGGCACGGCUUGUGGCAGAGCUGGGAGUCUGCUGCCAAAUCCCUUUUAGCUUGUGCCAGAGAAAAUGCAGCUUCCCUGCUUCUCGCGGUGCUCUCAGUGCCUGAAGUUGUCGUUAACGCUUCUCACAAGCUUCUCAACUUCCCUUUGAGCCCCCGGACUUUGCAUGUGAUGGAGCACAUGCCUGCAGAGGUGGCGGUGGGUGCGUGCUGCUGGGACGGCAGGCUUCGUGCGGGGUUGUGAUAGCAUCUGUGCCUCCAGGGCAGCACCUGAGCCCCGAGCUUUGUGGGGCCGAUGGAGAUUUGAGGGGAGGCAGAGGGCCUGGCGGGCAGGCGUGCUCUUUUUGGGCUUUGCAGCAGCAAGCAGGGCGCUGGUUUUCCUCUGGCUGGUCCAGCAUGGAGAACAGGAGGGUCUGGUGUAUUCUGAAGAGCACGCCUGGGGUAAAAGCGCUUUGCGGGACUGGCUUGGGGUAAGAAGUGCUGUUCUCCCAGCGCUGGGGUCUGAUGGCCCUGCUGUGCCCUGGGCCGGGCAGGAUGGGCGUAGGGGGAUAGGGGUGCUGAGCAGGGGGUGGGUUUGGAUGUGGGGUCUCUGCAGGUGCUGCUUUCUGCGGGGCUGGUGGCCGCGUGGCUUCCUGCAGCAGUGUGGUGUGCCAUUAGCAGAUCCCCUCCGUGGCAGAGGAAGGGUCAGCCUUUCCAGGCGUGCCCUGGGAGGUCAGCUCUUUACUCCCACUGCCUGCUGCAUUUCGGCCUCCAGGAGUGCUCGUGGCCGGCAAGGGAGCUCCUCUUGACCCCGCACCAUCGCCGUGGCUUCCCCCAUUGCAGGCACCCUGCUGGCUCCCAGCCUGUGCCUCCCCCUGCUUCCACCUCUGGACUCCCCAGCUGUGCAGGGCCUCCCCUUGGCUGUCUCUAUGUCUGUGUGUCCUCCUCUCCCUUGGUCGUGUCCCCUCACACCCCUCCCUUCCCCCAGCUGUCUGCGUCACCUGGUGCUGGGCUGGGGGUGCACCAACCUCAGUGCCCCCCUCCCCACAGCCCCGCACCCGGCGCUGUCGGUGUCUCUGUGCUCUGUCAUUUCCUGCCCCGGCGGAGAGCAGGCUGCAGAGCCCAGACCUCCAUCAGAGAGAGAUGCUCACAGGGACAAGGCGGAACCUCGCCAAGCCGCCCUGCCUCGCCGCAGGCUGCUGAGCCCCGGGUGGAGGGGAGAGACGAGUCCCGUGCCCCAGUUCUCAAUGGGAGCCUGAUUUCUCAGAGCGACCCUCCAGGGACGUGCCAGGAGCCGCGGGGCUGAGGCCAAGCCGCCCUACUCAGUAGCAAUAACCUCGGGCCUCGGGGCGCUGCCUCCCCGCGUGUUCGCGACGCGCUGCACGAGCAUUGCCAAAGCCAAGGCUGGGAGCGGGACCCCCCCCCUCCUGGGAUUUCCGACGAUGUCCAGUGCCAUUCCCGACGCUUUUGUACCGGAUCUGAGUUUUGAACAGACGCUCUUCCCCUGCAGCAGCAGCGGAGCCCGGCACUGGGUCGGGCCGAGAUGAAGCAGAGGUCCCACAGAGCACAGCGAGCACAGAGCACAGCAAGCUGCCCUUGCCCAGAGAAAGGAAGGGAUGGGCCAGCGCCUGCAGAGCUCGGAUGCGGGCAUGGCGCUGGGCUCACGUCCUGCUUUAGCUCACCGAGGUGUGACGUGGAGCUGCGGGAGCGCGGGCAGACCCACGGCCGUGUCCCCAGGCCGGGAGGUGGCGGAGGGGUGGGUGGACAAGGACGUGCUUCCCCCGCAGCGUCCUCCAUCUCCCUGCCAGCUCCUGUGCCGUGCCCCCAUCCCGCAGCCACAGAGGCUCGCUGUGUCCCGUCCUGUUCCUUCCCGCUGUGCUUUUGCUCUCCCGUCCUUGCCCCGCCGUGCUCACGCUGCAGAGCUCCGUGGCUUUGCCGCUGCCCUUCGGCGGGGGCCAUCCCUCCACGUCCCCUUCCUUUGUUCUCGUGAUCUCUGUGGGGCGCCGGAUUACUUUGUAAAUAUUUAAACUCUGCUUCUGUGGUUUCAUAAUCCUGGUGGUAGGGGGGAAAUAAACUUCUGCGGAUGUCUCCAA